AAGCCUAACGUAGUAAACGCCAUGGCUACUCACUACUCGUCGGCUUUCGUCCUCCUCUCCGUCGUCGCCUGGGCCUGCGCUCUCAGCGGCUCUCUGGCGGCGCGCGACCUGGCGGACCAGGACCAGGCCAUGGUGGCCAGGCACGAAGAGUGGAUGGCAAAGUACGACCGCGUCUACAGCGACGCCGCGGAGAAGGCGAGGCGGUUCGAGGUGUUCAAGGCCAACAUGGCCCUCAUCGAGUCCGUCAACGCCGGCAACCACAAGUUCUGGCUGGAGGCGAACCGUUUCGCCGACCUCACCGACGACGAGUUCAGGGCCACCUGGACGGGUUACAGGCCCAAGACUGCGGCGGCCAGCAGCAAGGGACGGAGCCGGACGGCGACGACAGGGUUCAAGUACGCCAACGUCAGCCUCGACGACGUUCCGGCGUCCGUGGACUGGAGGACCAAAGGCGCCGUCACGCCCAUCAAGAACCAAGGUGAGUGCGGUUGCUGCUGGGCGUUCUCCGCGGUGGCGUCCAUGGAGGGCGUCGUGAAGCUGAGCACGGGGAAGCUUGUCUCCCUCUCGGAGCAGGAGCUAGUGGACUGCGACGUGAACGGCAUGGACCAGGGCUGCGAGGGCGGCGAGAUGGACGACGCCUUCGACUUCAUCGUGGGCAACGGCGGCCUCACCACCGAGAGCAGGUACCCGUACACCGCCUCCGACGGCACCUGCAACUCCAACGAGGCCUCCGGCGACGCGGCGUCCAUCAAGGGCUACGAGGACGUGCCGGCCAACGACGAGGCCUCCCUGCGCAAGGCCGUCGCCAACCAGCCCGUGUCGGUCGCCGUCGACGGAGGGGACUCCCACUUCAGGUUCUACAAGGGCGGCGUCCUGUCCGGCGCGUGCGGCACGGAGCUCGACCACGGGAUCGCCGCCGUCGGGUAUGGCGUCGCCAGCGACGGCACCAAGUAUUGGGUCAUGAAGAACUCGUGGGGCACCUCUUGGGGGGAGGCCGGGUACAUCCGGAUGGAGAGGGACAUCGCCGACGAGGAGGGUCUGUGCGGCCUCGCCAUGCAGCCCUCCUACCCGACAGCCUAGCCGUUGAUGAAGAACGUACCCAAUUAAACUGCUAGAUAUUAGUCCAUCUAUAAGAUUGUGUGUAAUUAAGGUUGUGAGGGCGAGACGACAUGAAGCUUCACCUGCACUGUAAAUAAUUAA